AUGACAGCAAUCUCUAGCGCAGCGCAAGGGGGUACCAAUGGCGCGCACCGACCGUAUGGAUACGAUCUCGAACUCAUGCUCAUGGGCACGGGUACCUCGUCUGCCUUGCCCGCGAUCAGCUGUCUGACCGAUCCUGAUGGCAACGGCUGCGAAUGCUGCCUCAGUACGCUCAAGCCAGAGGGCAAGAAGAAUGUCCGACGCAACACAGGCGCAGUCGUGCGCUUGCGAGCACGCGAUGCGCACCCACCCGAGCGGCAACUCAUCGAGCAAGGCAGAACGAUUCUGAUCGAUUGCGGCAAGACGUUCAUGCAGUCUGCUCUCGAGCUCUUUCCCGCCAAAGGCCUCCGCAAGAUCGACGCGCUCAUCUUGACCCAUCCUCACGCAGACGCGAUAAACGGUCUAGACGAUUUGAGAGGAUGGACCCUGGGCGGAGUGAUACAGUCGACGAUGGAUGUCUACUGCUCUGCCAUGACAUACGGCGAAGUCAAACGCACGUAUCCCUACCUCGUCUCGAUAGAGCAUGCUACAGGCGGUGGUGAUGUUCCUGCACUGAACUGGCACGUCAUCGACACCGACAGACCUUUCGACGUGUUCGGCUGCACUGUCACACCCUUGCCUGUACACCACGGCUCGUACUUCCACAGAGACGAGCCUUACAUCUGCUUGGGCUUCCUCUUUGAUCGAGCAAUCGCCUAUCUGUCAGAUGUCAAUUUCAUACCAGAAGAGACCUGGCAGCUCAUCCGAGGAUCGAAAGAGAGUAGCAUACCGAUCUGCAUCGUAGACUGUCUUCGCAUCGUACCGCAUACUUCACACUUUGGUCUGCCGCAAGCAGUGGCGACUGCACGCCGAAUGGGCGCUCAGAGGACGUACCUCUUUGGUUUCGCACACCGCAUCACCCACGAUGCAUGGGUCUACGCAACGAGUGCACUGGGAAAAGGCAGACAUGCCCAUGAUGCACCCGAGCCGCUCAGUAAGAAUGGCAAAAGACAAAAGACCAAGGGUCUCGUCCGAGCGCCCGAAGUAGGCAAUGUACAAGCGCAGUGGGAGUCUUUCACAGAGCAUGCCUUGGAGGAACUAGAAGAAUGGGAGGGCGGACCGCGCGAGCCAAUCUGGGUCAGACCUGCUUUUGACGGCUUGCGGGUAUGGGUAGACGAGCAUGGCGAGGCGCGAGAUGAUGGCUACUAG